AUGGUGACGAAGGAAGAGCUCGAGAAGAGCACGUUCAUCGGACGCAACGCGAACGUGUGGUUCAUGACGGCGUGGGCGCUGAUGAUGUUCAUCAUCGACGGCGUCGUGUACGCCGUGGACCCGCCGCCGGGAGAGAGCAAGUGGGGGUACGGGCCGACGGUGUUUUUGCUGUGUCUGAUCGCGUCGUUUCUCUGGGGCGCGGUGUCGAUUCGUAAGACGGAGCGAGCGCACCGCGGCGAGCUCACGCGCCUGCGCGAGACGAAGACGCUCGCCGAGUUGAUGUCGCUGAACAUGGGCGCGUAG